GCGGCUCCGAUAAAGCCUGAAAAGUUUAGUUUUCGAUUGCAUGCGAAACGUUUCUCUAGAGAGGGACUCGAUAAUUCCAUACAUCAGGACAAACUUGGAAUUUUUUAUUCAUACCCACAAUUAUCUUCGUGAGCCACUAAAGGGAUGUGCCCAUCGCCGCGCUACCCUCUUGCUCCCGCCCUCUGUCCUCAAGGUCAAGUGUUCCACGCUGACCCUUUAAACUCCUAAUUUUCCUUCUGUCCCUUCAAGCUCCGGACGGUUCACAAGUUUUUCACUUCAAGAAGAACUCGGGUUGUUAAGGUAGUUUUCCUGCGAAUGCUUCCAGAUAGUUAUGCGUGGUGUUUUUAGAUUCUUCUGGAGCAAUGCAAGCGGCAGCAAAACUCAUUUUCAUCGCAAGUGUCCUAGCCGGAGCAACUUUUUAUAUUCACAAUUUCUUUUUUCCUGACUUUAUGGUCAAGACAAUGAAAGAGGAAAAAACUCUAAAACGAGACGGUGAGAUACGAAAAGCUUGGGAAAGAGCUCCGAUCCCACUGGAAUUUAAAGUUUACUUAUUCAACGUCACAAAUCCUAAUGAGGCUGCGAAAGGUGCCAAGAUUCAUCUCCAACAAGUUGGUCCGUAUGUUUACGAUGAGUGGAAGUCGAAAGCAAACAUCACAGACUACCCAAAAGAGGACGCUGUCACGUUUCAUAUGCUCAAUACUUUCGUGUUCGACGCCAAUAAGAGCGGGGGCCUCACGGGUGAUGAACUCAUCUACGUUCCGCAUGUUUUGAUCGUUGGGCUGGCCUCAGCUAUCUUGCGGAUGAACCCUGAGUCCAUUGGAUAUUUAGAUAUGGCUAUUCCAUUCCUCUUUGGAGACCCUUCUACGGUUUUCGUACCUGUCACGGUUCGAGACCUCCUCUUCGACGGACUUCCUGUUAACUGCAACGAAACACAUUUUGCUCAAGCGAUUUUCUGCAACGAGUUCCAGAAAAAUCCCGGCUUCGUCAGGAAAGACGAGCAGACGUUUCUCUUUUCCAUAUUUGGAGCGAGGAACGGGACACCGGAUCCAAUAAUGUUCAAAGUGAAUCGGGGUCUGCGAAACCCACAACUGGUUGGCGAAGUGAUGGAAUAUAAUCGAAGCAAAGCCCAAAAAGUUUGGUCGGCGGCUAAAUGUAACGAAAUCAGGGGCACCGACUCUACCAUCUUGCCAUCUUUCGUCACCAAGGAUGGCUUCGAUGUCUUUGCCGCGGACUUUUGUCGGGUGAUCAGUUCGAAGUUUGUGAGAGAGCUUGAUUACAAAGGCAUUCCUGCUUAUGAGUACACAGUUGAUUUUGGCGAUCCAGCCGACUCUGAAAAACACUGUUAUUGCACCUCUUACGAAACUUGCCUCAAGAAAAAUACUAUAGAUCUCACACUAUGUGCAGGCGUUCCUUUCGUUGUGUCUAUGCCGCACUUCUACCUCUCAGAUCCAGAAUACGUCAAUGCGGUCGGCGGACUAAGUCCUCGCAAAGAGGAACACGAAGUUGUCUUCGUUGUUGAGCCCAUGUCCGGCACUCCUACAAUGGCCAAACGGAGGGUUCAGUUCAAUAUCAUUUUAUCUAGAAAUUCUGAAAUAGCACUACUGCAUGAUUUGAACGAAAAGCAAGUAAUACUGCCGCUAUUUUGGGUCGAUGAGGGGGUUGAGCUUGGAGAGAAAUAUUUGAGUCAACUGAGAAUGCUAACCGGACUGCCAGGGAUGGUGAACAUAGGAGCUAUCGUCAUAGAGCUGAUUGCUGGAGGUCUUGUCAUAGCCGCUAUGUAUAUCAAGUUUGGACGUGCUCGUAUGGGGAAACAAUCUCCAGAAGGAAACAACUAGUGAACAUAAAAAGCGAGGGAAAACGUUUGCACCCUGGUAAUAAAAGCUUGGUUAUGUGUGACAGUGUGGUAAGGUUCUCCGUAUCGGCCGUGAUAUUUGGUUCAUGUAACCGUUCACUCUCGAUGGAGAAUUUGCACACACAAAUUUUUUUGCUUCAUCUGAGAGUGCUAAAUGAGCUGAGUUCGAAGUGUUUUUCAUAAUUUUUCUCUGACAUGGGAAAUUGGAGAGAACUAAAUUUGAA